CGAAGUCAAAAAUCAAAGCCACCGGCAUCAAAACUUGGCAACUUUAUUGGGUCUGCUAGUUGCAGUCCUGUUGAAAUCAGCAAGGCAAAAACAAACGGAGGAGGGAAAGAGGAAAAGCCAAGAAGAUGAAGGCGUUGGGAUGGUGGUUAAUGCUGGUGGGUUCACUUCGAUUAGCCUCCGUUUGGUUCGGCUUCUUCGAUAUUUGGGCUCUUCGUCUCGCCGUUUUCUCCAACACCACCAUGACCGAAGUUCAUGGGAGGACAUUCGGAGUUUGGACGCUUUUGACUUGUACUCUCUGCUUUCUAUGUGCAUUAAAUUUGGAAAAUAAGCCACUAUACUUGGUGACGUUUUUGUCCUUCAUCUAUGCCUUUGGUCACUUUUUGACUGAAUACCUCUUCUAUCACACAAUGGCCCUUUCAAAUCUGACAACUGUAGGCAUAUUUGCAGGUAUGGUGUUCAUGAGCAAACAUGCCAUCUUAUUGAGUUUGUUGUACUUGGUACUGCUUUUGCAUGAAGUUUCAUUGAAGUUGAUGAAAUCUUUUCCUCGACUUCUUAGUGUUUUUAUUGCAUUAAAAUUAUAGACUGUAUAACUGACCAAGAAAUAUAAUCAGUUUAAUAUUUGAUAAAUGGCUAAUAUUCUCCACAAUUGCUGGGUUUGUAGCUUUUAUGUUGCAAUUGCAUCCAGCAUAGAACUAUAUUGAAUCAAGGCAGUCCUAAGCUUUUAAGCUUUUCGGACUGCAAAAAGCCAAAUUUCUGCUUGCCAUAGCCUGAGAUCUCAUAUGCAUCUUUCUUGACCCUUCUUUUGUAUGUCCGUAUCUCAUCUGUAACAAAUCAUGACAUCAACAUUUUUAGAUGAAACUGCAACUUGCUUUAAGAUAUUUAUUUUUCAUUGUAAAGUCUUUGGUUUACCAAUCACCAUGAUAUGGUUAAAAUGGUUUGGCUUAUCAUUUUUGGGACUCUGAUUACCAUGCAACAUGUGAAACUUGCCAUUUUUGCCUAGAAUAAAAUUUUUUUUUUUCUUUUUUGCUUCUCAA